GUGAGUCUCGGUUUGAGAAUCAAUACAGUGUUAUGGAGUCGGCGAAUGUCUGCUGGAAAUAGCAAUGCAACUUGUAAUGGUUUUCAUGGCGCAAAAACACGCUGAUUUCUUGAUUAAAGAACUAUGGCAGAACAUGAACUGGUGCAAAAUGCCGUCUAUACAGCACCGACCGAUUAUAAUGCAGGGAUUUCACCUAUGUUAGAUCAAAUCAGUUUUCUAAACGGGGACGAUGACAUUUUACCACGAAUAACUCGAAUUGAUUCUGCAGAGGUUGUAUACCGAGCUCAUAGGAGAGCUAAAUUAGUGGGCAGAUAUUUGAUGGGAGACAUUUUGGGGGAGGGUUCAUAUGGAAAAGUUAAAGAGGCUUUAGAUACAGACACUUUACAAAGGCGUGCAAUAAAGAUCAUAAAAAGGAGGAAAUUAAGAAAGAUAAACAAUGGCGAGCAAAAUGUGAAAAGGGAAAUUCAACUCUUAAAGAGACUAAAACAUAGGCACAUAAUUGAUUUAUCAGAUUUGAUCGAAAAUGAAGAGAAACAGAAAAUGUAUAUGGUCAUGGAGUUCUGUGUAGGAGAACUACAAGAAUUGUUAGAAGCCGCACCAGAUAAAAAAUUCCCUGUCUUUCAGGCACACAGGUACUUCCGUCAGUUGGUUGAAGGAUUGGAAUAUCUCCAUGGACAAGGAAUUGUUCAUAAAGAUAUCAAGCCUGGCAACUUACUACUGUCAACAGAGGAAAUUCUAAAAAUAACUGACCUAGGUGUUGCAGAGGCCAUUGAUACUUUUGCUGUAGAUGACACUUGUCACACUAGUCAGGGAACCCCAGCAUUCCAGCCUCCAGAGAUCGCCAAUGGCUUGGAAUCCUUCUCAGGAUUCAAAGUGGACAUCUGGUCCAGUGGCGUCACACUGUACAAUAUGACUACAGGUGAAUACCCAUUUGAAGGAGACAAUAUAUUUAAAUUAUUUGAAAACAUUGGCAAGGGUCAGUACAAAAUCCCUGAAGGGGUGGAGGACAAUCUGAGAGAUCUACUCACAGGGAUGUUACAGUAUGAGGCAGCAAACCGAGUAACUUUGCAACAGAUUAAGAGACACGAUUGGGUGAGGAGAAAGCACCCAGUGACCCCUGGAUUUGUGGCAUUUAAGCCUAUACAGGGACAUGAUGACAUGCUCCGGGGUUUCACAGUGAUACCUUAUUUAGAGGACCUCCAUUUCCACAACAGUGAGGAGGAGGAGGAGGAACAUGAGGACCAUUAUUACUCAAACACAAUUGAUUCACAUCCUCAAGUGGAGCCCAACUCAGCUGGUGCUCAAAACUCUAACAAUUGUGAACCAAACAAUACAGAGAAGAAAAAGAAGAGGAAGUCAAAGGGUGGACUGCUCAGUUCCUGUCGUCCAUCGUAACAAUUAUCAAGUUAUAAUGUACACAACUAUAAUGCGAGGGGUACCUGUAAUCAGGGGAUGGGGCACUUAGGGGUAGGGGGAUAUUUUGUGUGGGCGGGGAUCAGCUUUAACAUUAGUCUCAAUAUAACCUCCACAGGCCGAGGACCAGUGUAUUCUGUUUGGUGCAGACUAGAUUGUACAUAACAGAGCUAACUGUGAUUUGUUUUUAUUAUGGUAGUUAAGUUUGUAUAUCCAUUCCAUUGAUGUCAUGUCAAAAAGCCUCAAUGAAAUCACUUGUAUAUAAAAAAGA